GUCUGCUUCACUGGCAGAUUUAAACAGAGAAGAGAGGAUCCUGAGCACAACAACAACACAACACCAACCAACAGGAAUACUAUUGAGCACACCAAGAUAAGAAUACGAUACCGUGAGAUGCCAGGAAAUAGAGAACGGAGAAUAUCUCAGACUGCGUCCACCCCAAUUAUUGAAGUAACAGAGGACUCAUCAAAUGAAACUUCUAAUUCAGCCGAGAACCUUCCAGACAUUAAAGUAACCGAAUAUUCCUCGUUACUGUCUCGGGCUGAAGUAAAGAGAUAUGGAAGUAGGCAACCUGCUCGAGAGUACAAUAGUGGGGAGGAGGAGGAUUCAUCAGAUUCUGAUAGUGGAAAAUAUUCAGCAAGUGAUGAACUUAGUUCUAACUCCAGCAGUACAGGAACAUCUGUUAUGACAGGAAGGCAAGUGUUGAUCUUCUGUAUUACAAUAGUUUCUACAUUCUCAUCUGCAUUUACUGUCUGUUUGUUUCCUCCAUUCUUCCCAGCUAUUGCUGAAAGCAAAGGAGUCUCUGCUUCAGGAUAUGGUCUAAUCAUUGGUACAAAUUGUCUAACUGCCUUCAUAAUUACUCCAAUAGUUGGAAAUAACCUAAACUUGAUUGGAGUCAAGUUUGCUUAUUGCUCCGGACUUUUUGUAGGCGGAGUUUGUUGUGCUCUUGCUGGAAUGCUCGAGUUUUUUCAUCCUGGACCUUAUUUUGUAGCCAUUGCAGUCCUCAUUAGAAUUGUUCAUGCUGUGAGCAAUGCUUUUGUUAUAACCUCUUCUUUCACGUAUACUGCAUGUGAGUUCCCAACUGCAGUGGCGAAGAUAUUUUCCUUGACUCGAACCGCCAUGAAUGUUGCUCAGCUGGGCGGACCCUGGCUUGGUGGUAUGUUGUAUGAACUUGGAGGGUUCUACAUGCCAUUUCUAGUAAUGGGUAUUGUUCAGAUAGGGAUUGCAUUCAUCUCAAUGUUUAUAAUGCCAAUUCCUGACACUGAAGAUGAUGAUGAUGACGAUGACCUUUCUCCACAAAGAAAAAAGAAAAACAAGGUUUCUGUGUUUAAGAUGUUAACCAUUCCAACCAUAUGGUUUAGUUUCCUAGCUUUUAUUGUGGCCACUGUCUGUAACGGAUUCCUCUCUGUCAACCUAGAACCUCAGAUAAUCCGUCAGUUUAAUUUAUCUCCCUCUAAUGUUGGUUUGAUGUAUGGAUUACGAGAUGGUGCUAACAGUUUAGCUAGUCCUAUAUGGGGAUACCUUUGUGAUAGGAAGAAAUCUGUAAAGCCCUACCUUAUUCUCAGUGCUCUUUUAGUUGCACUUUCAUUCUUCCUAAUGAAG